AGUCAGGCAGUCGGCGAAGCCGGUGGUAGCGGCAGAGGUGACUGGAGGGGACAGACGCGGGUCUCAGGCGCAGGAGCCCCUCUCCCACCAUGGUCUCCGGCUGGAACCACGGCAACAUCACCCGCGCCAAGGCAGAGGAGCUGCUGUCCAGGGCCGGCAAGGAUGGGAGCUUCCUGGUGCGCGCCAGCGAGUCUAUCUCCCGGGCUUACGCGCUCUGCGUGCUGUACCGGAACUGUGUCUACACCUACAGAAUCCUGCCCAGUGAGGACAAGUUCACUGUCCAGGCAUCAGAAGGCGUCCCGGUGAGGUAUUUCACUAAACUGGACCAGCUCAUCGAGUUCUACAAGAAGGAGAACAUGGGGCUGGUGACCCACCUGCAGUACCCAGUGCCGCUGGAGGAGGAGGACACCGGCGACGACGCCGAGGAGGACAUGGAAAGUGUCACGUCUCCGCCUGAGCUACCACCCAGAAACAUCCCUCUCUCUGUCGGGCCCUGUGAGACCAAGGAGCUUCCGGUGCCAGCCGAGAACGCCCGUGCCCCUGAGGCCAGCCGGCCCACCCUCUCCGAGACACUGUUUCAGCGGCUGCAGAGCAUGGACACCAGCGGGCUACCGGAAGAGCACCUGAGAGCCAUCCAGGAGUACUUGAGCACUCAGCUCGCCCUGGACUCUGAGCUUGUGAAGACAGGCACCAGCAGCCUCCCCCACCUGAAGAAGCUGAUCUCACAGCUCUGCAAGGAGCUCCACGGGGAAGUCGUGCGGACCCUCCCGUCCUUGGAGUCACUGCAGAGCUUGUUCGACCAGCAGCUGUCCCCAGGCCUCCGUCCGCGCUCCCAGGUCCCCUGUGAGGCCAAUCCAGUCAACAUGGUAGCCAAGCUCAGCCAGCUGACAAGUCUGCUGUCCUCCAUUGAAGACAAGGUCAAGGCCUUGCUACAUGAGGGGCCUGAGUCUCCACACUGGCGCUCACUCAUCCCACCCGUCACCUUCGAAGUGAAGGCCGAGUCUCUGGGGAUUCCUCAGAAAAUGCAGCUUAAAGUUGACGUGGAGGCUGGGAAACUGAUCAUUAAGAAGUCCAAGGAUGGCUCCGAUGACAAGUUCUACAGCCAUAAGAAAAUCCUGCAGCUCAUCAAGUCGCAGAAGUUCCUGAACAAGCUGGUGAUUCUGGUGGAAACCGAGAAGGAGAAGACCUUGCGGAAGGAAUAUGUUUUUGCUGACUCUAAAAAGCGAGAGGGGUUCUGCCAGCUCCUGCAGCAGAUGAAGAACAAACACUCAGAGCAGCCGGAGCCUGACAUGAUCACCAUCUUCAUCGGCACCUGGAACAUGGGUAACGCCCCCCCUCCCAAGAAGAUCACGUCCUGGUUUCUCUCCAAGGGGCAGGGAAAGACGCGGGAUGACUCUGCAGACUACAUCCCGCACGACAUCUAUGUGAUCGGCACUCAGGAGGACACCCUGGGGGAGAAGGAGUGGCUGGAGAUCCUCAGGAACUCUCUGCGUGAGGUCACCAGCAUGACUUUCAAACCGGUUGCCAUCCACACGCUCUGGAACAUCCGCAUUGUGGUGCUGGCUAAGCCGGAGCACGAGAACCGGAUCAGCCACAUCUGCACCAGCAAUGUGAAGACAGGCAUCGCCAACACGCUGGGGAACAAGGGAGCCGUGGGAGUGUCGUUCAUGUUCAAUGGAACCUCUCUGGGGUUUGUCAACAGCCACUUGACUUCUGGAAGUGAAAAAAAGCUCAGGAGAAACCAAAACUACAUGAAUAUCCUCCGGUUCUUGGCCCUGGGAGACAGAAAGCUGAGCCCCUUCAACAUCACGCACCGCUUCACCCACCUUUUCUGGUUUGGGGAUCUCAACUAUCGCGUGGACCUGCCCACCUGGGAGGCAGAAGCCAUCAUCCAGAAGAUCCGGCAGCAGCAGUAUACCGACCUCCUGGCCCAUGACCAGCUGCUCAUGGAGCGGAGGGAGCAGAAGGUUUUCCUGCACUUUGAGGAGGAAGAAAUCACAUUUGCACCCACCUAUCGAUUUGAAAGGCUGACUCGGGACAAAUACGCCUACACGAAGCAGAAAGCGACAGGAAUGAAAUAUAACCUGCCCUCCUGGUGUGACCGAGUGCUGUGGAAGUCUUACCCUCUGGUGCAUGUGGUGUGUCAGUCCUACGGCAGUACCAGCGACAUCAUGACGAGCGACCAUAGCCCUGUGUUUGCCACAUUUGAAUUGGGGGUCACCUCCCAGUUCGUCUCCAAGAACAGCCCGGGGACCGGGGACAGCCAGGGGCAGAUCGAGUUCCUUGCAUGCUGUGCCACUCUGAAGACAAAGUCGAAGACCAAGUUCUACCUGGAGCUCCACUCCAGCUGCCUGGAGAGUUUUGUCAAGAGCCAGGAAGGAGAAAACGAAGAGGGCAGUGAGGGGGAGCUGGUGGUGAAGUUUGGCGAGACGCUUCCCAAGCUGAAGCCCAUCAUCUCUGAUCCUGAGUACCUGCUGGACCAGCACAUCCUCAUCAGCAUUAAGUCCUCUGACAGUGAUGAAUCCUAUGGUGAGGGCUGCAUCGCCCUUCGGAUGGAGGCCACGGAAACUGGGGUGCCUAUCUAUACGCCACUCACCCACCAUGGAGAGAUGACUGGCCACUUCCAGGGGGCCAUUAAGCUGCAGACCUCCCAGGGCAAGACAAGGGAAAAACUUUAUGACUUUGUGAAGACAGAGCGGGAUGAGCCCAGUGGGCUGAAGUGCAUGAAGAGCCUCACCAGCCAGGACCCCAUGAAACAGUGGGAACCUGCCUACAGGGCCGCUCCAUGCGGCACCCUAGGCCUCAACGACAUCGCCAAUCCCAACUACAUUCCCUUUGGGCAGCCUGUGCGUGUCAAGCUGACCAUGUCCCCAUCGCUGGACCAGCCACUUCCGGCCUGGAGCUAUGACCCACUGCCCAAGGACUCCUCCCUGGGGCCGGUGAGAGGGGACAGCCCUCCCACACCGCCCUCCCAGCCACCACUGUCACCCAAGAAGUUUUCCUCUGCCCCAGCAAACAGGGGCUCCUGCCCCAGGGCUCAGGAGUCGAGGCCCAGUGAGCCAGGGAAGGGUACAACUGAAGCCCCACCAGAGGACCCAUCUCUGUGCAAGCCAGAGAUGUUUGAGAACCCGCUAUAUGGCUCUGUGAGCGCCUUCCCCAAGGUGGUCCCCAGGAAAGAGCAAGAGUCCCCAAAGAUACUGCGGAAGGAGCCCCCACCCUGCCCGGAGCCAGGGGCAUUGGUGCCCAGCAGCCUGCUCUCCAAACCCCAGGAGGCCGAGGGCAGCAAGGGGACAAGCAAGCUGGCACCCACUCCCUUCCUCAGCCCUGUGCCCCGACUCCGCUCCUUCACCUGCUCGGCCUCCUCCGAGGGCAGGGCCACCAGCGGGGACAGGUGCCAGGGCAAGCCCAAGGCUCCAGCUGUUUCCCAGGCCCCAGUGCCGAGCAAGAGGCCCAUCAAGCCCUCCCGGUCGGAGGUAAGCCAGCAGCCCACACCCACGCCCGCACCCCGGCCACCCCUGCCAGCCAAGAGUCCAGCUGUGCUGCAGCUGCAGUAUGCCAAGAGCCGCGACUACCGCGACAACUCCGAGCUCCCGCACCACAGCAAGCACCGGCCAGAGGAUGGGCUGCUGGGCAGGACGGCCAUGCAGCAGUGACGCCCUUGGUGACUUGUCCGUGACAGGAGCCGAGGAGCAGCAGAAGCCUUUCCCAGGACCUCCUUCGGGUCCCCCUACCUCGCUUCCUGUGCAAAGCUUUGUAUUUUUUGGGAAAGGGCCUCACUUCGUUGUGGCCUGCGGAGUGUGUGGACUUUGACUCCGGGAAGCAGUUUCUGCGGUCUGAAGGAAGACGCACACCGGAUGCCAGCCGCACCCCUGGGUCCCCAGGGCAGCCUUGGUACUUGGGACCCCAGGGUCUUGUUCGGGUCGCCAUUUUGAGGAAUGGCACUGAAGUGCCAACUUAGGAGUGAAUUUUUAUAAAUAAUAAUAAUAUUAAUAAUAAUAGUGGCCAUGUGGGCAGAGGAGCCGGCCUGUGCCUCACGCACCACUAGGUGCUCUAGGGACACUGUGGGCACAGCAUCCAGGCUGAGGCUCAGCCACGCAGGACCAUGCACCCAGGCCCGUGUAUCCUGAGGGUUUGGGCAAAGCAUUAAGCAGGCUGGUGGAUCCGGGAGCAAGACUUGGUGGAGGGGAUGUGGAGAGUGUGAGUGACUCAUUCAGAGCACCAGGCUCCAGCCCUGGCCAGCUUCUGUGGUUCACGCUACAAGGUCGGGGUCCCAUGCACAUGCGUGGGGAGCGGGGACCUGCCUGAGCAGGAGCAGGAAAGUCUGUGGAUCUAGCUGGGAGGUCUGGCCUCACUGAGUCCACAUGCCGGGUGCCGUGGCUUGCAGCCCUGAGUCCUUGGUGUCUAGGAGAGUAGAUUGUUGGUGUCUUUUCUUGUGUUGCUUCUCGACCUCGAUGUGUGAGAAGGAGGCAGGGGGCAUGUGCCCAAGUGCCCGCUGUCAAGUCUCUGUGACCAAUAAACUGUGCC